UACCAAUUAUAAUGUUUGCGCCGAUUUUCCCUUCGCAAUUGCGUCUGCAAAUGUCUGCAAACGUCAUUAGUGGGAGUGUGUGUGUGAUUGAACCGGUUCAAAAAAAAAUAAAAAAUAAAAUGAAGAGGUCGUGAACCUUUUAAUAAAUUUCUUCUUUUUCUCCUUUCAUUUUCUCCCUUUUGAUUAUUUUUUAUUUACAAUUUAAAAAAAUUUUUCAUUGCGCAGUUUGUGGUUUCUUUUUGGCCAGUAAACCUUUAUUUAUUUAAUUAGUCGAGAAAAUAGUUUAUUAGGUGGGGGAGAACUUUAUAUAGGUAUUUUAAUAAAUAUUUUGUUUGUUUCAAUUUUUUAGUACUUUUAUUUUAUUGUCAUAUGAUUUUUGUUGAUUUAAAAUAAAAAAUAUGUUUACUUGUUUUUUAAAUUGUAAAUACAGUUUGGACCUCACAGUCAUAUCUACUAGAGAUCGAGCUGGGCUUGGACCAAGGCCUGGGUUUUUCCUGGCCAGAGUCCUGUACCCAGAGGCAUUUUUUACCUUCCUGGGUCUUUCCUGGGUUUUUCCUGGGUAUGUGUUCCUGGACUACAGGCCCAGGGUCUGUCCCAGGUUAAUAAAUCAAACCAGGAACCCAGGAACAGGCCCAGGCUUUUCAAAAAUCUCGAUCUCUAAUAUCUACCAUUGGGACUACCAUUGGCAUACACCCUUGGACUAGAAAAAAUCCUAACUCAUAAUGAGGUGUGUUUUAAAUAAAUUAGCGUCCAUUGGCGCAUCCCCCACCCAAUGCCCAACUAAUUUUUAAGAUAACGUCUCUUAGAUAGAGGUGUAUUGGGGAUAUCCCUAUAAUGAUUUCGACUGUAUUUAAUUUAAAAUUUUAGAGAAUUUAAAGAAAGAUUUUUAAAAAUGGUCCAAAUGUGGUGUAUGGAAGCAUAUCCAAGUGGAGAUCCUCGAUUACCUCACCAUUGCUUUCCUCCAAAAGUUGUUAAUCCUGAUGAAUUAACUAAAAAGACUGGUGCUCAGUAUUAUAAGUUAGAUAUUGAAGACCAAAUUGCAUUAUCCAAACGUAUAGCUAUAGUCAAACUUGAACGGAACCUUUCACGUGAGGAUACGCUAACUUUGGAUGCUCAAUCAACCGUUGAUUUUGAAGAUAAAAUGAAGGAAAUGUUUGAAGAAACAGAAUGUGAAGAAGACCAAGCUAGAAUGGUUAUGGAUGGCUCUGUUUAUUUUGAUUUGGAAGCAAAUGAUGGACAAUGGAUUCGGGUACUUUGUGAAUAUGGCGAUUUAAUUUUAAUCAAAGCUGGUACUUGGUAUAGAAUGGCAACAACACCAAAGAAUUUUGUGAAAAUUCGUCGCUUCUUCAAGACAGACGAAAACAAGGAAAAUUGAG